AUGUGCUCAAAGACGGUAGAUUCUUUACGGUGGCAUGACGAGGAGCGUUCUAAAGAUGGAAAGUUAAGGCAUCCUGCUGAUGGUCAAGCAUGGAAUGAUUUUGAUAGGUUCCAUCCAGAUUUCGCACUAGAUUCUCGUAAUAUGUGCAUGAAAUCUGAAUAUUCUAUACUUUCUUUACUUAUACCUGGGCCACGAUCACCUGGAAAUGACAUUGAUAUUUACUUACAACCAUUGAUAGAUGAGUUCAAAUUGUUGUGGGAUUCUGGGGUUGAAAUGUAUGAUACUUCAAGAAAUCAAACUUUUCAAAUGCGAGCAGCUCUUAUGUGGGCAGUCAAUGACUUUCCUGCAUAUGCUAUGUUUUCUGGAUGGAGUACAAAAGGAAAGGCUCCUCCACCUUUAUUAAAAGGACCUUACGUGCUUAAUAGCUUACCUGAUUUUGAAAAUGUGUUUGGAAAGAAGAGAAAUAGAUCAAAUGAUGGCCCAUGGAAAAAAAGCAAAACAAAGGAUCAUGCAAAAGCCUGGUAUGAUUUGAAAGAGGUGGGAAUUAGAAAGAAUCUUCAUCCAAAAGAUACUGGAGAUAAUAAGAGAACAAAGUUUGCAAAAGCUUGCUUCUCAAUGAAAAAUGGAGAGAAAUCAGUUUUUUGUGGAGUUUUAAAGACAGCCAAGCUACCUGAUAGAAGUGCCUCCAAUAUAUGUAGGUGUGUGAAGCUGGAUGAAAGAAAAUUGUCUGGUUAUAAGACCCAUGAUGCUCACUUCAUGUUACAUUACUUGCUUCCAAUACCAAUUAAAAGCUUCCUUCCAGAUCAUGUGGCUAUUGCUUUGAUUCAUCUAUGUUCCUUCUUCCAACGCUUGUGUCAAAAAGUUAUCACAUUGGAGGAACUAGAUUUCAUAGAAGUAGAGAUCAAAGAAACAAUAAAUCAGUUGGAGCGAAUUUUUCCUCCAUCAUUUUUUUAUAUAAUGAUUCAUUUUCCUAUUCAUUUGGCGAAUGAAGUGAGAUUAGGUGGUCCAGUUCAGAACCGAUGGAUGUAUUCCACUGAAAGAGAAAUGGGUACAUUCAAAUCAUAUAUCUGCAACAGAUGUUAUCCAGAAGGUUGCAUAGCAGAGGCACGUGUGGGAAUAUACUGUAUGAAUUUAUUUUCUAGAUAUUGGCAUGGGGCUGUACAAACCAAAUUUAACAGAAGAGCCCGAAAUAAUGAUGAAUGUGACCCAAGUGAUGCAGAAACAUACAUGUUGUGUAAAGAGCAUGAGAAAGAGGUUAAUAAUCAGUCGCGAAGAUCUAAAUGGAGCAAGGCCAAGAAUCAUUGUCAAAACUUCUCUCAAUGGUUUGAAACUCGUUCUUUGCAAGAGGAUGUGCCUAAUUUGAUAAAACAAUUGUCUAGAGGACCAAAUUCUAUUGCUAAAAGAUACUCUGGGUAUCUCAUUAAUGGAUAUAGAUUCCAUAUUAGGCAGCGUGAUGCAAGGCGUAAAACACAAAAUAGUGGUGUUACACUUUUUGCCUCAACUACGAGCUUUGCAAGCUCAAAGGAUAAGAACCCAACUGCUGCAGAUUUGACUUAUUAUGGUAGAAUAGUUGAUAUAGUUGAGUUAGACUAUUAUAGUAAUUUUAAGGAAGACCCUUUUGUGCUUGCAUCUCAAGUACAUCAAUGCUUGUAUGUGCAAGAUCCAUUUGAUCAAGAGAGACAUUAUGUUAUGAAGACUGUUCUGAGAGACUUUUUUAACAUGAGUGAUGAAUUUGAAUCUGAUCUCCCACAAAGUUAUGAAAAUGAGUUGUCUGAACACUUGAUAGGAACAUCCAUACCAGAAGAUGAUGGUGACGUUCCUUUAGUAAGGACUGAUGUACCAAAAACUGUUAUUAAUGUGCCUUUAGAGGAAUUUGUUACUCAACAACUUGAGGUCAAGUAUGAAAAGGAUUUUGAAGAUGAGUUUGAAGAUGAGUAUUAA